CCCCUCAGACCACCAGGGGGCGCUUCAGCCUCGUUUUGACACAUGCGUCGGUAGAAGAAGAGCUGUUGUAAACAUAAGAAUAUGGCGGACGAGAGGGGCGGAGGUGAAGACAACAUUAACGAAAAUAUGGGGAACCAGCUACAGCUUUUACCAGAUAAUGGCGAGGAGGAGGAAGAUGACAUGGAGACUGAGGACCGAGACAGUGACGAGGCAGACAAGCCCAGCGCCAUCACCUUUGACCCCAGCCUCCCCACGUCUCACGCAUACCUGGGCUCAGACAUGGAGGAGUUUCAUGGGCGGACGGUCCACGAUGACGACAGCUGCCAGACCAUCCCUGUGCUUCCACACACAGCUGUCAUGCUGGUGCCCGGCCAGACGCUGCCUCUGCAGCUGUUCAGGCCUCAGGAGGUCAGCAUGAUGCGCAGCGUCAUCCAGAGAGACCGCACCUUUGCUGUGCUGGCACACAGUGAAGCCGGUGAACCAGAACCAGAGUUCGGAACGACGGCUGAGAUCUACGCAUACCGCGAGGAGCAGGAGUACGGCAUCGAAACCGUCAAAGUGAAGGCUGUGGGGCGGCAAAGAUUUAAAGUCCACGAAAUACGAACUCAAGCGGACGGCAUCAGACAAGCCAAAGUGCAGAUCCUCCCCGAGCGAAUCCUUCCAGACCCCCUCUCCGCCGUGCAGCUCUCCCCCCUGUCCCGGCUCCACGUGCACGCCUCCUCCAAACCGCCGUCUCAAAGCUGCAAGCAGACGCAGUGCUGGUGGAAAACCUACGGACAGAGGAAGUUCUACUGUGCCAGUCUGACCCAGUGGCCGCCCUGGGUCUACACCCUCUACGACUCUGAAUCGCUCAUGAGGAGAGUGAAGAAGCAGCUCCACGAGUGGGACGAGAACCUGAAGGACGACUCGCUCCCUUCCAACGCAAUAGACUUUUCCUAUCGGGUCGCCGCCUGUCUGCCAAUAGACGACGCUCUGCGGCUGCAGCUGCUGCAGAUCGGCAGCGCCAUCCAGAGACUCCGCUGUGAGCUGGACAUCAUGGACCGGUGCACGUCACUGUGCUGUAAGCAGUGUCAGGACACGGAAAUCACCACCAAAAACGAGAUCUUCAGCUUGUCUCUUUACGGCCCCAUGGCUGCGUAUGUCAACCCGCACGGUUACGUCCAUGAAACUCUGACCGUCUACAAAGCCAACAACCUCAACCUGGUUGGACGCCCAUCCACUUUGCACAGCUGGUUUCCAGGGUACGCCUGGACGAUCGCCCAGUGCCGAACGUGCGGCUCCCACAUGGGCUGGAAGUUCACGGCCACCAAGAAGGACUUGUCCCCUCCUCGGUUCUGGGGUCUGACCCGCUCGGCCAUGCUGCCUCGCAUCCCGCCGGGGGAGGGGGAGGAGGGCAGGGGGGGCUCCCGCCUCUUCUGCCUGUGACGGCCGACGUCCGUGCCCGUCGAGGACGCGCCGAUCGUUGACGCGUGUCGCCGUGGAAAGGUCGCGGGAGCAGACGCGACCUCAUCACCGCUGCUCUGGAAGGACAGGAGGAGACGCUGGUUUUUACCCGCUAGAGAAGAAGUGAGAGACGAAACGUGUUGCUACCACCCCUGCAUGCGGCUCUCCAAACUCCACCCAUCCUCCGAGUUCUGUCGACCUGUUGGCUCUCCACGCGUCGACGUACUUACAGAUUCUGACUGCAUGCAGCACUGAGGUUCUGUCCGCCACCUUAACCGCUCAACGUGCUGUAAAUUCUGCCCGCUUUGGAUCCUCGUGAGCUUGUUGUAGCUGUUAUCAUAGCUGCUGUAAAAAACUGUUGAAGACGAUCAAAGUGAGGGGUUAUUUCCACCUGUGGAGCAAAAAGAAAGUUGUAUUUUUGUAUGAAUCAAUAGGAUGUGUGGAUAAAACUCUAAGUUAUAAAUUUUGGAUGUAAUAAACAGAAAUCAGAAGUGACAAUAAGAAUAAUGUGUAAUAUUUCUCACAUAAUCAGUUUUAUAUUCAUCAGAGGCUCAUUGUUCAGCUUGAUGACUCGCUUCAGGAGUCGAGCAUUAUCUCUGGUCGCACAAGUCGAAAUGCUCCAUGUCUCAGUGCCUCUUUUCUAAGGCCAAAGCUAAUUAAGACAGAAAGCAGGAGGAGCGUUUAGCCGUUUCCUUUGAGUUUGUUCAUGACGCGUGACACGAUAAGAAUGCUGAUCCAUGUCUUUUUAAUAAACCAUCUGUGAUCCACUGACCAGAACGAACGAUUGGAGACACCAAGGUGAUGAAAAUGUUUAUCAUUUUUAGGUUUUUAAUUUUGUUUUUAGACUUCUCGUGUAAACUGCUGCUCCUGUUUCUUUAGCUGUUAAUAGGACAGUUAGCGAAUUAUUUUCAGAACCGUUUGCAUCAAGGAGUCGGUAUUCAGAUGUACUGAAAGCAAAGAGAGAUUAUAAUAAAUGAUCAAAUGCUCCUUCA